AUGAUGACAACAAUAUUUCUAACGAUGAUGGUCAAAAGAAUUCUACAGUUUCGGGAUCUGGAAACAUAUCAGAGCAAACCUCCUCACAAUCACAAUGGGAUUGUACUGACAAUGUUGAAAAUCGAACGGAUUCACCAAACUUAUGCGCUUGUUUUAAGCUGUUCAUGUGAUCACAUGUUGGUUGGAGACGAUGAAAGAGAAAGAAGAAAAAAUGCUACGGAUUAUUCGGCAUCAUAUAUUGGUCAUUGUAAUUCGAUUACCGAUAUUAAAGAAGCAAACUUUUUCGGCAGCUACGGCCAGUAUAUCGUUGGCGGAUCUGACUGUGGAGCAUUCUUUAUUUGGGACCGUAAUACAACUAAUAUAAUGCGGAUAAUGAAAGCAGAUAGUUCAACAGUGAAUUGUGUUCAACCUCAUCCAUCUAUCUGUCUGUUAGCUACUUCUGGAAUUGAUUCUGUCAUUAAACUUUGGUCACCCAAUUGUGAAGAAGAUCAUGAACAAUCACGAGUUAUCAAAGACCAUGUUGGAGCAGCUGAACGAAAUCAACAGCGUGUAACUGCUGACCCAUUUGAAAUUAUGUUGGUGAAUAUGGGUUAUCGUAUUCCUGGUCUUGAUUUUGAUUCUAAUAGAAGUAGACGAUCAAGACAUUGGAAUCGGGAACACGCACUGAAGGAGAUACUUCGAAAUGAAACACAUUCUGGUUCUAAUCACCGUAUCACAAGUAGCGAUGAUGGAACAUUUAAUGGUGAACCUAUUCAAAAUAAUAUGAAUCUCAUAAACAAUGACACUACAAGCACUGGUAACCAAAAUCAAAUCCAUAUCCCCGUAGAGGAGUUGACUGACCUUACUGACAAUCAAAAGCAUAGUGUAGGCAUAUCAAGGUGUCAAGGUGUUUCAAUAUCAAAUAAAUUGUCUCAUCAAUCAAGUUCACAAACACCUGAACAAAAACCAAGCAAAACUGUGAAUACAACUGUCGACGAAAUCUUCUUUCAACCACCCACUGCUGCUAGUAUAUUCGAUAGUGAUUCUAAUUCUUCAGAAUGUGAUUCUGACUCUAAUGAUGAUACUCCAACUGGAAAUACAACAAGACGUCAGCGAAAAACUUCACGUAGACUAUUAUCAAAUGUAAAUCGACUCAGGCGAAGAAUACUUACACGUAGAAUACCAUUCCGUGCUUCAUUUCCUAAUGAAGAAAUCGCAACCACUUCUUGGUUAUUUGAUUUCGAAUUAAAUUCUUCUGACCCACAGACAACUACAAGUGAAACAGUGAGUGUGCGAAAUGAAGAAGACGAAAGUUUGAGAAACAUUUCUCGAGACGAAGAUGCAUAUGAUUCUAACAUUGUAUCUGAAUUUUCAUGCACUGUCAGUUGA